AUGCCCAUCACCCAGGACAAUGCCAUGCUGCACCUGCCCCUCCUCUACCAGUGGCUGCAGAACAGCGUGAGGGAGGGCGGGGAUGGCCCAGAGCAGCGGCUCUGCCAGGCAGCCAUCCAGAAGCUGCAGGAGUACAUCCAGCUGAACUUUACUGUGGAUGAGAGUGUGGUCCCACCUGACCACAGCCCCCCAGGGAUGGAGAUCUGUACUGUGUACCUCACCAAGGAGCUGGGGGACACAGAGACUGUGGGCCUCAGUUUUGGGAACAUCCCUGUUUUCGGGGACUAUGGAGAAAAGCGCAGAGGGGGCAAGAAGAGGAAAACCCACCAGGGCCCUGUACUGGACGUUGGCUGCAUCUGGGUGACAGAGCUGAGGAAGAACAGCCCGGCAGGGAAGAGUGGGAAGGUCCGACUGCGGGAUGAGAUCCUCUCCCUGAAUGGGCAGCUGAUGGUCGGAGUUGAUGUCAGUGGGGCCAGUUACCUGGCUGAGCAGUGCUGGAAUGGCGGCUUUAUCUACCUGAUCAUGCUGCGCCGCUUCAAGCACAAAGUUCACUCUCCGUAUAAUGGCAACGGUAGCAACAGCUCUGAACCAGGAGAGACGCCAACCUUGGAGCUGGGUGACCAAACUGUGAAAAAGGGAAAAAGAGCAAGAAAGUUUGGGGUCAUUUCCAGGCCUUCUACCCACAAAGCCACUGAAGAACCCAAGAGCAGUACUGGCUGUGAGUUGGACAAUGACCCCAUCUCUGAGCCGGACAACGGCCCAGACCCCGAACUUGGCAAUGGCCAUGCUUUUGAGCUAGAAAAUGGCCCGGAAUCUCUCAAGGAGCUGGCUGGAUCCCAUCUAGACAAGUCAGAAGCAGACAGAGGGACAGAGCAUAGAAUUCCAAAGACAGAUGCUGCUCUACCUACAAGCAAUGACAAACGUCGCUUCUCAAAAUCUGGGAAGACAGACUUCCAAUCAAGUGACUGCCUGGCACGGGAGGAAGUUGGCCGGAUAUGGAAGAUGGAGCUGCUUAAGGAAUCGGAUGGGCUGGGAAUUCAGGUUAGUGGAGGCCGAGGAUCAAAGCGCUCACCUCACGCUAUCGUUGUCACUCAAGUGAAGGAAGGAGGUGCCGCUCACAGGGAUGGCAGACUGUCCUUAGGAGACGAGCUGCUGGUAAUCAAUGGUCACUUAUUGGUGGGUCUCUCCCAUGAGGAAGCGGUGGCCAUUCUUCGCUCAGCCACUGGAAUGGUUCAGCUGGUGGUAGCCAGCAAGGAAAGCUCCACAGAGGACCUCCUGAGGUUGACAUCUAAGAGUUUGCCUGAUCUGACCAGUUCAGUAGAGGACGUGUCCUCUUGGACUGACAACGAGGACCAGGAGCCAGACGGGGAAGAGGACGAAGGACCUGGCUCGUCUUCCGUCCAGGGAGCAAUGCCUGGGACAGAUGAGCCCCAAGAUUCGUGUGGCCCCGAGGAACCCAAGGGAAACCUGGAAAGUCCCAAGCAGGGCAGCAGUAAGAUGAAACUCAAGAGUCGCCUUUCAGGGGGUGUACACCGUCUAGAGUCUGUUGAAGAAUAUAAUGAAUUGAUGGUACGAAAUGGGGACCUGCGGGCCAGAAUGUUGGAGGUCUCCCGAGAUGGCAGAAAGCACUCUCUUCCCCAGCUGCUGGACUCUACUGGAACAUCACAGGAAUACCAGAUUGUAAAGAAGUCCACCCGCUCCCUAAGCACCACUCAGGUGGAAUCUCCUUGGAGACUCAUUCGACCAUCAGUCAUCUCCAUCAUUGGCCUAUACAAAGAAAAAGGCAAGGGCCUUGGCUUUAGCAUUGCUGGAGGCCGAGACUGCAUUCGAGGACAGAUGGGGAUUUUUGUCAAGACUAUUUUCCCAAAUGGAUCGGCUGCAGAGGAUGGAAGACUUAAAGAAGGGGAUGAAAUCCUAGAUGUAAAUGGGAUACCAAUAAAGGGCUUGACGUUCCAAGAAGCCAUCCAUACCUUUAAGCAAAUCCGGAGUGGAUUAUUCGUCUUAACAGUACGCACAAAGUUACUGAGCCCAAGCCUCACACCCUGCUCCACACCCACACACAUGAGCAGAUCCAGCUCCCCCAACUUCAACACCAGUGGGGGCAGCUCAGCAGCAGGCUCCGACGAAGGCGGUUCUUCAUCCCUGGGUCGGAAGGCCCCCGGGCCCAAGGACAGAAUUGUCAUGGAAGUCACACUCAACAAAGAGCCCAGAGUUGGAUUAGGUAUUGGUGCCUGCUGCCUGGCUCUAGAAAACAGCCCUCCAGGUAUCUACAUUCACAGCCUUGCCCCAGGAUCAGUGGCCAAGAUGGAGAGCAAUCUGAGCCGUGGAGAUCAAAUCCUGGAAGUGAACUCAGUCAAUGUCCGCCAUGCUGCUUUAAGCAAAGUCCAUACCAUCCUGAGCAAAUGCCCCCCAGGACCUGUUCGACUUGUCAUUGGCCGGCACCCUAAUCCAAAGGUUUCCGAGCAGGAAAUGGAUGCAGUGAUAGCACGCAGCACUUAUCAGGAGAGCAAAGAGGCCAAUUCCUCUCCUGGCUUAGGUACCCCCUUGAAGAGUCCCUCUCUUGCAAAAAAGGACCCCCUGAUUUCUGACCCCGAACCUGCCCAGUACUUUGCCCCCGGUGUCCCAGGCCCCCUGUCAGACUUCAUGGUGGCUGGCUCUGAGGACGAGGAUCACCCAGGAAGUGGCUGCAGCAUCUCUGAAGACGGUGGCCUGCCACCCAGCACCUCCACUCACAAGGAACCAGGAAAAGCCAGGGCCAACAGCCUCGUGUCUCUAGGAAGCCAGCGGGCCUCGGGGCUCUUCCACAAGCAGGUGACGGUUGCCAGACAAGCCAGUCUCCCUGGGAGCCCGCAGGUGCUCCGAAACCCUCUCGUCCGCCAGAGGAGGGUUGGCUGCUAUGACACAGACGAUGCCAGUGACGAAGAAGAGUUUGAUGGCGAAGGGGAUUGCGUUUCCCUCCCAGGGACCCUCUCUGGUCCCAGCAGGUCUCUGCCAGAGGAUGACUGUAGGCAGGUCUUGAUGACCUCUUCCAAGGUCAUGAGUAUCAACAACCAGGAAGAACAUCCCCAGAAAACACUGGUCAGUAAGGCCUCCUCAGUGCCUCUCCUGGGCAGCUCACUGGACUUAGAGGAGAGUGUGCCAGAGGGCACGGGGGACACUCCUUCCCAUUCAGCCAACCUGCUGGCCUCGGUAGCGGCCCCCAAGGGUGGCCCUGGCCGCUCAGGAAAGAAGGAACUAUCAGGAUCUAAGAGUUCCCCCAAAUUGGAAUACAAAGCCGAUACAGGCCCCCAGAAUCUGAUGCACACAGAUGUCUCCAGGUCCCCCCAGCAGAAGAAUGACAACCUGGGGUCCAGGCACAAACCAGUGGCCAGGGUCAGCCCACACCACAAGAGGCCCGAGGCUGACACCAGGCCCAGCAACUCCGAGACUGAAAACCUAGCUGAUGGAGCUGAUGACCCAUGUAUCCAGGCCACUUCUGGCAGAGAGACCGGGACUGAUUUUCAUCCCGAUGGAACCGUGGAGAAGGAAUCUCUGGGGAAGCUAACCGUCGAGGAUGGACGUGUCCCUUCCAACUGGGGGCCAGCCAGUGCCCCAUGUCACCCAGAUGCUGGCCACCGCACAGAGAACCUGCCGGAAGCUGCACCAGAGCGACCAAGGACAGGACUGGAUAGCCCCCCAGACCUCAUCCCUACCCCAGAGCAGAAGGGGGCAGCUCACCCUGAGCCCAGCAAGACCUCCAUGGACACGGGGCCAGCAAGGCGGCCUGAGGACCGUGGAGAGCCAGUGUCACCCGGGGUGCCUGAGUCUGAGGACAGAUGUCAUGUGAGUCUCACCCAGGAGAGCAGCGCCUCCCCAGGGAAGAUGGCAGCGGCUCGUCGUGACUUCAGCAACCUUCCGGCAGCCCCAGAAGCCAGCUUGCCCAGGAAGGCAGCUGCCCACAGGGGCGCGGGACCUGAGGCAGAGGCAACGUCUGCAGCUAGUGGCGUCCUGUCCCCAGACCUCGUGUCCCAGGAGGAGAGACAGAGAAGUCCCGGUCACCACGGCAAGGCUCUGCAAGCAACAGGCGUCCUCGUGCCUGCAAACUCCCCAGGCUCUUCCCUGCCCAAGGGAACAGAUUCUGUGUCCGAGAGGGCCCCGCAGGCCAGCCCCUCCCUGCCGUCACCCGCUGACCGGGCUGCAGGGGCGUGUGGGGGUGUCUCCGGGCAUUGCUGCCCCAGGGAAAGCGGGGGCAGUCCUGUGACUGACAUCGACACACUCAUCAAGGAGCUGGAUGCUUCUGAACCAAGACUUCAGUCUCCUCAGAAAGGGGACCGGUUGAGUCAAGUGGGACGUUCUCAGGGUCAACCUCCAGCAGGCACUGGAAAUGGAAGUUCCCACCAUGCUGAGCCAGUCGUGGGGAACCAGACCCCCACCCUAAGGAGGGCCUGGGCUGCUGGCCAGCCCCCCCUCCCACAGUGGGCCUCCCAGCCUUCAGUUUUGGAUUCCAUUAAUCCUGACAAACAUUUUACUGUGAACAAAAACUUUUUGAGCAACUACUCUAGAAAUUUUAGCAGUUUUCACGAAGACAGCAUGUCCCUGUCGGGCCUGGGUGACAGCACGGAGCCAUCUCUCUCAUCCAUGUAUGGUGAUGCCGAGGACUCAUCUUCUGACCCUGAAUCGCUCGCCGAAGCCCCACGAGCUUCCACCAGGAACAACUGGUCACCCCCUCAUUCCCGCAGAUCUUCUCACAGGGAAGACACUACAGAGUCUGAGGAGGAGCAAAUUGAAAUUUGUUCUACAAAUGGUUCCCCCAAUCCACCUUCAACUACCGCUCACGCACCUGCCCAGGCCGCACCCUGCCCUGUGUUGGCCAAAGUUCUGCCCUUAAAGCACAGUGCUCUGAGUCAAGUGGUGGGAAAUCCACGCGAGAGAGCAUCCUUUGUGCCAGGAAACUCAUGCCCUUCAAUUCCAAACUCUUCCCAGCCAUUUCUUCUCUCGGAUAUAAGCUCUCAGGAGCAUGAACUUCAUGCAGAUGUAAGGAUUUUACAGAACCCCAGACCCUCGUGUGAAGAAGAAACCAUGGAGGCCACCAGUACUAGCUCAUCUGUGGGGAACAGGCAGCCUCCUGAAGCCGCCACGCAUUUCCACAACCCUCCGGUCGCUCUCGGCAGUCUGAACACGGUAGAUGGUUUAGAACAUGACUUGCUGGGUGUCGAGACCCCAAAUAAAAAACAAGAGACAAAUGUCAGUGCAACUGAAAAUCAGUCCCCCUGUAGCGUGCAUGUCCCUAAGAAUGGAGAGUCUGUUUUGACAAAUCUACAUAUCUCCGAAAGUCACGAGCUGGAUGAGUUGCUACAGAAACCAAAAAUGGUUUCCAGGAGACCCAUCAUGGCCUGGUUUAAAGAAAUAAAUAAAAAUAACCAAGGGACACAUUCACAGGGCAAAACUGAAAAGGAGCAACCCAUGGCGCCCAGCAGAAGCCCUGACUCCAAAAGUCAGGUGUUGAGUUCCAGCCAGAAUUCCAGAAAGGGGAUUGCUGUGCCUAAUAGCUCCCCCCAGCUGAAAGUGAAUCUGGAAAAUAAAGACUCACCUAAAAAAAGUUCAGUGGAAACACUCUUAAGUAACUGUCAGAAACCCAAAUCUGGUCCUAAGCUGAAGAGACUCAGCAUCAAAAGCAAAAGCAAAGCCAGUUCCGAGGCCCCUGCAGCUCACGUUGCCAAGGCUGGUGGGACAGACCCCAGGAAACCCCUCAUUUCACCCCAGACCUCCCACAAAAUGCUUUUGAAGGGAGCAUCUAACCAGUUCCACAUAGACCACGAGGAGCUUGACAAAAAUGCCACGGCCACCCCCAGGUCCCCCCAGUGCGUGCUGGAGAGCAGGCCACCUGCUGCCCCGGGGUCACUGAAGCCGUCAGUUUCGGAAACGAGCAUCACAGCGUUCAUUUCGCCCCACGCCUCCCCCAGGACUCUCCCUGAGCAGGGUGCAUGCGGUAGAUCCUACGUGGCUUUCCACUCAGAACCCAGCAGAGGCUGCCCAGCGGCCCCCAGAUCUCCUAAGUGUGGGCCAGAGACCAGGGCUCCCCCUGUGGCCUCAGGGAAUAGCGCAUCCACAGCCACAAACGGACAGGAGGCCCCACCUCCUGGGCAGAGGGAGCGGCGCACGGCCAGCCGAAUGGAUUCGGCACCAGAAGUAGCCCGAUCGGGGGUGACUGAUGACAAAGGAGGCAGAAUAAUUACUGGUGAUCCCCUAGAAAGAACAAACCAGCUGAAAAUAGUUGAAAUUUCUUCUGAAAGAAUGCCCAAGAAUGCAUGUGGUGACAAGCUAGCUGAAAGUGACAGAUUAAGAGGGUUCUUAGCCCAGAGCAACUGUCAGGAGAAGAGUGAGAUCAGGUUCUGUCACCAGUCAGAGGAGACGUCCUCAAGUCAUCCGCCGUCACUCACAUCUCGUGCGUCCCAGGUAGAGCAGGAAACCCAGCGAUCUUUCAGUGUGGCAAAACUGGCUUCCUCCUCCUCCUCCCCACAACUGCCUACUAGAAAGGUGGAUUCCUCGCAGGGGAAGUCAAGUCAGGUGUCAGGCUCCCUCGGGAUGACCAAGAACGGCACGUCAGCGGGCCCAGUGCCAGAUGACCAUCCAUGUUUCACACCAAGGCCAGCGACCAGGACCUACUCCAUGCCGGCCCAGUUUUCAAGCCAUUUUGGACGGGAAGGGCAUGCUCUACACAGCCCAGGUCGCUCUCACCGGGACAGCCAGAUCCCUGCAACAAGUGGGGGGCUCCUCGAGGCCAAGGCAGCCAGAGGUGGUGGUCUUGGCCUGGCUAACGGACAGGGCGUGUACAGCGUCAAGCCCCUCCUGGAGACAUCGAGGAACCUUCCAACAACAGACGAAGGGGAUGUUCUUUCAGUGCGAGAGACGAGCUGCCUAGUCACGGACAAAAUCAAAGUCACUAGAAGACAUUACUACUCUGAGCAGAACUACGAAUCUACCUCAUUUUUCUCUGUGAAGCAGAGGAUCAAGUCUUUUGAGAACCUAGCCCAUUCUGACCGGCUGGUGGCCAGGUCUGGGGUGUCUCCUUUUUUGUCAGCGAGCUCCAAGCCUCCCAUUGGGAGACGGUCAUCUGGCAGCAUUGCUUCCGGGAGCCUCAGCCACCCCAGUGACCCAGCAGCAAGGUCACUGAGACGCAGCCUGAGUUCCUGCAGCGAAAGCCAAAGUGAAGCCAGCACCCUGAUCCCCCAGAUGACCAAGUCCCCCUCCAGCACAGCAUUGACAGUCUCCCAGCAGAAUCCAGCGGAGGCCAGUAACAAGGGCCCUGACUCAGACCCAAAGAAAUCACUUAGUCCUUCUGGAAUUCCCACCCCAACCAUGACCCCAGCCUCUCCCGUCAAAAGGAACAAGUCCUCGGUGCGCCACACCCAGCCCUCUCCCUUAUCCCGCUCUAAGCUCCAGGAACUGAGGGCCUUGAGCAUGCCUGACCUUGACAAGCUCUGCAGUGAGGACUUCUCAGUGGGACCGACAGCCGUACUCUUCAAAACCGAGCUGGAAAUCACCCCCAGGAGGUCGCUUGGCUCUCCCGCGGGAGGCCUCAAUGGGUCCACUGCCCUUUCAUGCCCCAUGAAGCGGGGGGACAGGGCCUGUCCAGGAGGAAGCAGCCCUAAAGCCAGUGAGCCUGGGGCACCCAGUUCAGCCCAUCAUGUGGGUGAAACCACCUGGGAUCUGCCUUCUGGAAAAGGCUGGUCAGUUAAUUUGGAUCAACUUCUAGUCUCAGCAGGAGACCAGCAAAGAUUACAGUCUGUUUUAUCAUCAGUGGGGUCAAGAUCGACGGUCCCGGCUCUCAUUCAGGAAGCGAAAGCACAAUCAGAGAAUAAAGAAGAUGUUUGCUUCAUCGUCUUGAAUAAAAAAGAAGGCUCAGGUCUGGGAUUCACUGUGGCAGGAGGAACAGAUGUGGAGCCAAAAUCAAUUGUGGUGCACAGGGUGUUUUCUCAGGGGGCUGCUUCUCAGGAAGGGACUGUGAACCGAGGGGAUUUCCUUCUAUCAGUCAAUGGCACCUCACUGGCUGGCUUAGCCCAUGGGGAUGUCCUGAAGGUUCUGCACCAAGCACAGCUGCACAAAGAUGUCCUUAUAGUCAUCAAGAAAGGGAAUGACCAGCCCAGAUCCUCCACCAGACAGGAAGCCAAUGGGAAGGGCUUGCUAUCCAGAAAGACCAGCCUCCUGGAGCCUGGAGUAGGUAGAAGUGUAGCUUCCCACGAUGCUCUGUGUGUUGAAGUGCUGAAGACCUCUGCUGGGCUGGGAUUGAGUCUGGAUGGAGGAAAAUCAUCGAUGGCUGGAGACGGGCCCCUGGUCAUUAAAAGAGUGUACAAAGGGGGUGCAGCUGAACAAGCGGGAACAAUAGAAGCUGGAGAUGAAAUUCUCGCCAUUAAUGGAAAACCCCUGGUUGGGCUCAUGCACUUUGACGCCUGGAAUAUUAUGAAGUCUGUCCCGGAGGGACCUGUGCAGUUAGUAAUUAGGAAGCAUAGAAAUUCGUCCUGA